UAAGCUGUGCAGUCUUCACCCUCCCCCAGAGGAGGUAUAAAUUAGUGGAUCAGGCUAUCCAGAUGAGAAUAUCCUCAACCUCUGAGAACGACUCAAGAAAGCUGCUCAGAAGUUCUUUCAUAUACUCACGGCUAUGACAAGACCAUAAGAUCUCGAAUCCUCUGAAUAACUGCUACUUUGAAGACAAGACACAUUUAUGCUGCUUCUGCAUUAAAGGAUUUUUCAUCUGACAGUUGAGGAACACAGAAUACCAAGAGGUGAACAGCUUACAACGUCCUGUGACACUUUUCUCUCAGUCUGGUGGGAGACACUAAGCCAUGGUUGUAAAGCUGUGUGUCUUGCUCUGUCUCCUUAUGCUGUUGGCAUGUUUUACCCAGCCAAAACCUCAUGAUGAGCUUCCGUUACGCUCAAUGGAGAUCAGAGAUCCAAACAUUGAUGCCGUUUGGUAUAAAGGCAGAGGAAUACGACCUGUUGGAAGAUUUGGUCGAAGGAUGGCACAAAGAGAUAAACUGCUAACAGAUGUAGCAGCCUUGCUUGAUCAGUGUGUUGAAACAUUGCUGUUGCUGCAACGCUCAGUACUGAUCAGUGCAUGUUCAUAUGGCAUCAAUGGGUAAAACAGACAAAUAACACAAUUUAAAGUAUUCUGAUUUACACUUUUAUCAUAUCAGGGUAUUAGAAAGAUUGGUUGAUGGAAUGUUCAAUAAAGUCAAAAUCCAUUUAAA